AUGAAAAUGAUGAAGAACUUGUUGGGGGCUGAAGUGCCAUAUCUCAGUGCAAUUGGGGCAUUAAGGUAUCUUGCCAAUAAUUCUCGGCCAGAUAUAGCAUUCUCUGUAAGCUUAUUAGCAAGAUUUAGUUCUUCCCCAACAAGAAGACACUGGAAUGGUAUUAAGCAUAUAUUCAGAUACCUCCGAGGGACCAUUGAUAUGGGACUAUUUUAUUCAAAUGAAUUCAAUUCACAACUAAUUGGUUAUGCAAAUGCAGGGUAUUUGUCUGAUCCACAUAAAGCUCGAUCCCAGACAGGUUAUUUAUUUACAUGUGGAGGUACAGCUAUAUCAUGGCAUUCAACAAAACAAACUAUGGUUGCUACUUCUUCAAAUCAUGCAAAGAUAAUAGCCAUUCAUGAAGCAAGUCGAGAAUGCGUUUGGUUGAGAUCAAUAACUCAACAUAUUCAGGAAACAUGUGGCCUUCCUUUGGAGAGGAAUAUUCCAACAACAUUAUACGAAGAUAAUGCUACAUGCAUAGCUCAACUAAGAAGAGGUUACAUUAAAGGAGACAGAACAAAACAUAUUUCACCAAAAUUCUGUUUUACUCAUGAUCUUCAAAAGAAGGGUGAAAUAGAUGUUCAACAAGUUCGCUCAAGUGAUAACUUAGCAGAUCUGUUCACCAAGGCAUUACCAACCUCAAUAUUUGAGAAGCUAAUAUACAAGAUUGGAAUGCGUCGUCUUCGAGACAUUAAGUGA